GGGGCCACGGGGGAUCUCUCGGGGGGGACCAUCCCCGGCCAGCACAAGGGGCUGGUUUCGGUGUUGGCCGGUUGGGUCAGCCCUGCCUUCCUGGAAGGAGGCCUUUGAAACCAGCGGCAUUUCCUUAAAGUCUUCUCAGGGGAAAGUCCCGCGGUGCCGUUCCGGGGCCGGGACGCUCGCACCGCCCGCUGCCCACAUAAAGCGCCGGGCGGGCGCGGGGCUGGCACGGCGCUGGCACGGCGCUGGCACGGCGCACCAUGGGCAGCUGGCUGGUCAACCACUGGCUCUCGGCCGCCGUCCUCGCAGCCUGGCUGGGCAUCAACAUCUUCCUCUUCACCUACUACUUUCUGUUCUUUGACCGGGACGAGCGGUAUUUCUACACCAGGGCCAUCCUUGGGUCUGCGCUGGCAUGGGCUCGAGCAUCAGCCAAGUGCCUCAACUUCAACAGCAUGCUGAUCCUGCUGCCCGUGUGCCGCAACCUGCUCUCCUUCCUCCGGGGGACCUGCUCGUGCUGCAGGCGGACGUUGAGGAAGCAGCUGGACCACAACCUCACCUUCCACAAGCUGGUGGCCUACACACUGGCCCUGCUCACAGCUGUGCACACCAUCGCCCACCUCUUCAACCUGGAGCGCUACAACCAGAGCCAACGAGCCACCGACGGCAGCCUCCCCGCUGUCCUCUCCAAGGUGCACCUGCAGGGCAGCAAGUGGCUCAACCCCAUCCACUCCAACCAGACGACCGUCGAGUACGUGGCUUUCACGACCAUCCCGGGGCUCACAGGGGUGAUCAUCACGCUGGCACUCAUCCUCAUGGUCACGUCCUCCACCGAGUUCAUCCGCAGGAACUACUUUGAGCUCUUCUGGUACACACACCACCUCUUCCUCGUCUACUUCGCUGGCCUCGUCAUCCACGGCAUCGCUGGGCUGGUGCGUGGGCAGACGGAGCAGAGCAUGGCAGAGGUGCCCCCCUAUCACUGCGCCGAGUACCUCACACAGCGGGAGCAGAACUGCACCCACAGCUGCUGCAAAGACCCCGAGUUCGGGAGCAUCCCUGCCGAGUCCUGGAAGUGGGUUCUUGCCCCCAUCAUCCUCUAUGUCUUUGAGCGGAUCCUGCGGGUCUGGCGUGCGCAGCAGAAGGUGCUUGUCACCAAGGUGGUCAUGCAUCCUGCCCGCGUGCUGGAGCUGCAGAUGCAGAAGAAGGGCUUCUGCAUGGAAGUGGGGCAGUACAUCUUUGUCAACUGCCCCGCCAUCUCCUCACUGGAGUGGCACCCCUUCACCCUCACCUCUGCACCCGAGGAGGACUUCUUCUCCAUCCAUGUCCGGGCAGCUGGCGACUGGACAGAGCGUCUCAUCGACACCUUCCAGCUGGAAAUACCCAGGGUCGAGGUGGAUGGUCCCUUUGGCACGGCCAGCGAAGACGUGUUCCAGUACGAGGUGGCCAUGCUGGUUGGAGCGGGCAUCGGCGUCACCCCCUUCGCCUCCAUCCUCAAGUCCAUCUGGUACAAGUUCCAGCAGGCUGACCAGACCCUCAAGACCAAGAAGAUCUACUUCUACUGGCUCUGCCGGGACACAGGAGCCUUUGCCUGGUUCAACGACCUGCUUGCCUCACUGGAGCAGAAGAUGGCCGAGUCGGGCAAGGCAGACUUCCUCACCUACCGCCUCUUCCUCACUGGCUGGGACACCAGCAUUGCCAACAACGUGGCACUGCGCUUCGACACCGCUACGGACACAGUGACGGGCCUCAGGCACAAAACCAUCUUCGGGCGGCCCAUGUGGAACACGGAGUUUGCAGCGGUGGCUGCAGCCCACCCCAGGUCAGUGGUCGGUGUGUUCCUCUGUGGGCCGGAGGCCCUGGCAAAGAGCCUGCAGAAGUCUUGUCACCAGCACUCCAGCCUGGACCCCAGGAAGGUCAAAUUCUACUUCAACAAGGAAAACUUUUAAGUGGCAGCGAGGCUGGCGCCCCAGCGGGCAGGGACCCUGCCUGUACUGUCUCAACCCUUUCCAAAGCAAGGCCAGGGAUGAGCAUCCCUGCAUGCACUGAAGCCAAGCAGGACACAGCAAGGUUCUCCAUCUCCAUGAGAAAUCCCAGGUUCAAAGACUGCUGCCUGCCUGUCCUGCUGUACAAGGACCCUCAUGGAGCAAGUGGGCCUGUAGCUCCACACAGCCCCCUCACUGGGAAACCAGAGCCACGUUCUGUGAUGCUGCUGGAGCAGUGGGAAGCAGUGGGAGCCCAGCAGGAUGGGAUGUGGGCAUCCAUGCAGGCGACAGGGGCCAAACGUGCCCCUCAUUCUUUUGUAUAAGAAUAAAUUAAACUUCCUUUUCUUUGUAAUGAAA